AUCGACAUUUUGGCAAGUCUCACCCACCUGAACCAGAACGGAGAACGAUUUUGGCGGCUUCUAAAGUCAGACGCAAGUCAGGAGUUGGUGGACCGUCUUUGGGACUGCUCACGCAGAGAAUGGCUUCCAUUCAGGCCUUACCUAACAAGAGAAAGAAGGACAGUCGGAGGAAAUCUAGCACAGCGCCUGUUAGAGUCAACCCACGGUUUUCUGUGCAAAACAUUAAGAAGCGUACGUUAAAAACAGCAAAAGUUCAGAAUUUAGAAGACUUGCUGUGGGAGAUAUGGAUGGAUUAUAAGUUACUCAGCGCUGAUCAACGGUCUGCGGAACAGAAUGACGAUGGAGACAGGUAUACGUCCGAGAGCUCAGAGAGUGAAACGGGAACCUCAGAUGAGUCAAGGAAAGCGAUUUCCCGCUCCGGACUUCAGCACCUGGCCCCUGUGCACUGCCCCACCCUCACUGUCUCCAAUGGACCCGCGAAGGAGCCGCGGACAUCCCUGGACUGGACUGAGAACGCAGUGAAUGGAGAACACCUGUGGCAGGAGACUAAUGUGUCAGGGGACCUGUGUUACCUGGGGGAAGAUAACUGCCAAGUCAAAUUUUCAAAGUCUGCCGUGCGGAGAAAAUGUGCAGCUUGUAAAAUCGUCGUCCACGCUGCCUGCAUGGAUCAGCUAGAAAAGAUUAAUUUUAGAUGCAAGCCAACUUUUCGUGAUGCGACCUCACGGGCUCUGAGGGAGGUCAGACAUUUUUCUUGUUGUUCUAACCAGCAGAAUCUGGUGAGGCAUCAUUGGGUACAUCGACGACGGCAAGAAGGGAAGUGCAGACACUGCGGAAAGGGUUUUCAACAGAAGUUCUCAUUCCACAGUAAGGAAAUAGUGGCUAUCAGCUGUUCUUGGUGCAAGCAAGCGUUUCACAACAAGGUGACGUGUUUUCUGCUCCAUCACAUAGAAGAACCAUGCUCCCUGGGCGCCCACGCGGCUGUCAUCGUCCCUCCCAGCUGGAUCAUUAAGGUGAAGAAACCUCAGGUCAACUCAAAAAACUCCAGUAGGCGGAAAAAAAGGACGUCAUUUAAGAGGAAAGCCAGCAAAAAAGGCUUUGAGGAUAUUAAAGGCCGGGCCUUUGUUAUAAAACCCAUCUCUUCACCCCUCAUGAAACCUUUGCUGGUCUUUGUGAACCCAAAAAGUGGAGGAAACCAGGGUACAAAAGUGCUGCAGAUGUUCAUGUGGUAUUUAAAUCCACGGCAAGUCUUUGACCUCUCUCAGGAAGGGCCAAGAGAAGCGCUGGAACUGUAUAGAAAAGUGCCAAAUCUACGUAUCCUUGCCUGUGGUGGUGAUGGGACGGUAGGCUGGAUCCUUUCUGUCUUGGACGAGCUACAGUUGAACCCUCAGCCUCCAGUUGCUGUUUUGCCUCUUGGUACUGGGAAUGACCUUGCUCGAACCCUUAACUGGGGAGGGGGCUAUACAGAUGAACCUGUCUCCAAAAUCCUCUGCCAUGUUGAAGAUGGCACCAUAGCGCAGCUGGAUCGCUGGAACCUACAUGUAGAGAGGAACCCAGAUCUUCUUCACGAGGAGCUGGAUGAUGGGACUCAUAAGCUACCACUAAAUGUAUUUAAUAAUUACUUCAGUCUGGGGUUUGAUGCACAUGUGACCUUGGAAUUUCACGAGUCCAGAGAAGCAAAUCCCGAAAAAUUCAACAGUCGUUUUCGUAACAAGAUGUUCUAUGCAGGGGCAGCUUUCUCAGACUUCUUACAGAGGAGCUCCAGAGAUUUAGCCAAACAUGUUAAAGUUGUGUGUGAUGGGACUGACCUCACGCCCAAGAUCCAAGAGCUGAAGUUUCAGUGUAUCGUCUUCUUAAAUAUUCCCAGGUACUGUGCUGGCACAAUGCCCUGGGGAAACCCUGGUGACCAUAGAGACUUUGAACCUCAGCGCCAUGAUGAUGGCUACAUCGAGGUCAUUGGAUUCACUAUGGCAUCUUUGGCUGCUCUCCAGGUAGGUGGCCAUGGAGAGAGGCUUCACCAGUGCAGGGAAGUGACUUUGCUGACAUACAAGGCCAUCCCCAUGCAGGUCGAUGGAGAACCAUGCCGCCUUGCCCCCUCCCUUAUCCAAAUAUCCCUAAGGAACCAAGCAAACAUGGUACAGAAGAGCAAGAGAAGGACGUCAAUGCCCUUACUUAAUGAUCCACAUUCAGUGCCCGAUCGGCUGCGUAUCCGAGUGAAUCGAAUCCGCCUACACGAGUACGAGGGACUGAAUUACGACAAGGACAAGCUCAGAGAAGCCUCUAUCCCUCUAGGAAUUAUUGUAGUACGAGGAGACUGUGACCUGGAAACUUGUCGCAUGUAUAUUGACCGCCUACAAGAGGACCUUCAUUCCGUGACAUCUUACAGAGAUCACUGCCAGGAUGAGAGCUCAUUCCCAAGGUUGCUCUCUGCCCAGAGACUUAACCCCCGAUGGUGCUUCCUAGAUGCUACCUCCGCUGACCAGUUCUAUCGUAUAGACAGAUCUCAGGAACAUCUACAUUUUGUCACUGAGAUUUCCCAGGAUGAAAUCUUUAUUCUGGACCCCGAGGAGGCUGUGACGGCGCAAGGCAGUACCGGAACAGGGAUGCCAGAUCUGGUAGUGGAGCAACCUUCGGGGCUGACGGAGUGGUGGACGCCAACAUGUCGAAAACGUAUAGUGAGCGACAGCUGCGUUCCAGGAAAGCUGUCUCUACACAAUGAGUUCUCCGACAGAGCACAUAACUCCUCCCCCUCCAGCACCCUGCCGUCCCCCGUCACUGCUGAAGAACAAGCCCUCCUCGAAGCUGUUCUUGAUGGUGACCUAGACAAGGUGACUGAUAGCUGCAAGAACGGAGCAAGCCUAAGAAUACAGGGCCCGGAGCAGUGGUCGCUACUUCACCUGGCUGCAAGAGAUGGACACACUGAGAUAGUCACUUAUAUCCUGGAUAAUGGACCGGAAGACCUGCUGGAGAUGAUAGACACAACUACAGGGGAGACGGCGCUGCACAAAGCUGCAUUCCAUAGACACCGGCAGGUUUGCCAAAUUCUUGUGGAUGCCGGAGCUUGUUUAAUACAGAAAGAUGCCAAGGGACUUACUCCUUCUGACAGGGCCCAGGAGGCAGGGGAUGCAGAUCUGGCAUCCUACUUGGAGUCUUGUCAAGCUAAGCAACUCCUGCCCAACGAGGACCUGGAGACGGCAGUCUGAAGAGGGCAGCAGGUGGCAGAAACAACUCGGAAAGAGCAGAAACGUGAAUCGGAAAGUUCCUGGAGAUGGUCCACCUCGGGAGAAGGCAACUUGACGGAAGAGUCACCCCUUCUUGAAGCGAGAUAAGCGGCAGAAGGUGUGCUGUCCAGUUUCUAAGGGCUAACAGGACUUACCACGGAACUGCUGCCCAAACGACGAGCCGAGGGAAUGCGGAGGUGGGGGUGAAGGACGACAGAAGUUGGGGCUGACCCCCCUCGCCCCGCGUGGAUCCCUGUUUCUGUUCUUCAACAAGACGCAUGACCCUGUCCAUUGUCUGUCUCCUCACGUCGGCCCGAACCCACCCAGCCCAGUCGGACGGCCUGUGCAGUGUUAUAAACCUCACGUAUGUUUUUAGUAUCUGCAGAGCCGAUUUAUGAAAAAAAGAGAAACAGGAUUCUACUCUGAAUCUGUGUGCUUUCAAUUUUGGGGAAAACAGUUUUCUUCGUUGUUCACAUAACAUCGUGUGGCAAAGAUUUUUUUUUCUUCUCCAAGGACCACUGAACCUACAAAUACAAUAUCAAGUACGAGGAGACCCGUUGUAACAUUCACAAUCGUGUAUGUAAAUGUACCAUCAACAUGACAUAACCUGUGACGUC